GUGCGGUGGUAAUGUAUUCGGUUACGACUGCAGCCAUGGUUAUCACUAUCUUCGGAAACUUGGUUAUAAUGAUUUCCAUCUCUCAUUUCAAACAGCUUCACUCUCCCACAAACUUUCUGAUCCUCUCCAUGGCAACCACAGACUUUCUGCUGGGUUUUGUCAUUAUGCCAUACAGCACGGUGCGAUCAGUGCAGAGCUGCUGGUAUUUUGGGGAUGGCUUUUGUAAAUUCCACACAAGCUUUGACAUGAUGCUGAGCCUAACCUCCAUUUUCCAUCUCUGUUCCAUUGCUAUUGAUCGAUUUUAUGCUGUAUGUUACCCUUUACACUACAGGACCACAAUGACCAUCUCCAUGAUAAAGCGACUGCUAGCAUUUCGCCGGACGGCCCCUGCUUUCUUUUCCUUCUGUUUAGUUCUGUCUGAGGCUAAUGUUUCUGGUAUGCAGAGUUAUGAGAUUCUUGUUGCUUGCUUCAAAUUCUGUGCACUUACUCACAACAAAUUUGGGGGGACAAUAUUGUUCACUACAUGCUUUUUUACUCCAGGCUCUAUCAUGGUUGGUAUUUAUAGGAAAAUCUUUAUCGUUUCCAAACGACAUGCUCGGGUCAUCAGCAACAAGCCUGAAAACAAAGGGGGAAGAGAAAAAAACCUAUCCAAGAAAAAGGACAGCAAAGCAGCUAAGACCCUGGGUAUAGUAGUGGGAGUGUUUCUAGCUUGCUGGUUGCCUUGUUUUCUUGCUGUUUUGAUUGACCCGUAUUUAGACUACUCCACUCCCAUAAUAGUACUUGAUCUUCUAGUGUGGCUUGGAUACUUCAACUCCACUUACAACCCCCUCAUUCAUGGAUUUUUUUAUCCAUGGUUUUGGAAAGCUCUUAAGCACAUAGUAUCAGGAAAAAUAUUUAGCUCUCAUUCAGAAACUGCAGAUCUGUUUGCUGAAGCACAUUAAUAAAAGAUCAUUACAAAAGUGAAUCAAAUAUUGAAAAUGACAGGUAUUAUUUUGACCUGUCUCAUAUGACUGACAUCCCCACAUCACUGCAAAUAUUAUACCAUUAAAU